CCGCUCUAAAGAAGUUAAUAGUUUGGCUGCUAUGUUUGCUCGUUGUUGUGUUUAGCUUGCACGUGCGUCCCGUGUAACGUUAGAUUUAGCUUAGCUGGUGGUGUUGGGGCUGUACAGAAAGGUGCGACGUGUUUACAGUUAGCGAUAGUUUAGCCAACCGCAGGUUUCUUGUGAACUUCCACUUGAGGCGUAAUCAAAUGAAGCCGCUGCAUCAAACAUUGCUUUGAGGAUGAGUUCUGCAGUGUCAGACAACCUUGAGAAAGAUGAGGACGAAGAGGAAGAUGAGGAUGAAGAAGACGAGGAGGGACUCAACCCGACAGAGGUGAAAAUGAGUCAGAUAGUGAUGCCCUGUCACAGCAAUCACCAACAGGAGCUGAGCGUUGGACAGCUGCUCAAGUGGAUGGACUCCACUGCCUGCCUCUCUGCCGAGCGACACGCUGGAGCUCCCUGCGUCACUGCCUCUAUGGACGACAUUCAUUUUGAACACACUAUAAGUGUGGGUCAGGUGGUGAACAUCAAGGCCAAGGUCAACAGAGCCUUUAACACUAGUAUGGAGGUGGGCAUCCAGGUGAGCUGUGAGGACCUGUUCUCUGACCGUCACUGGAGGGUCUGUCAUGCGUAUGCCACCUUUGUUACUCAGCGCACAAAAACUGGACAAAAGGUAAUCUUGAAACCCAUCAUGACCCGGACUCAAAAAGAGCAAGUUGAGUACAGCUUGGCAGCUGAGAGACGGAGGGUCAGAAUGGUACAUGAUGACAUCAUCAGAGAUCUGCUGUCCAAUGGAUCUAUACAGCAGGUUGAGAGCUCAGCAGGGGGCAACACCGUGGCAGCUGAAAGGACCAAGGUAGAGAGUGUUGAACUGGUUCUACCUCCACAUGCCAACCACCAGGUGAACACAUUUGGGGGACAGAUCAUGGCCUGGAUGGUGAAUGUAGCUAUGAUCGCUGCCAGCCGUCUGUGUCAGGCUCAUCCAACUCUUCGGACCAUUGACAUGUUCACUUUCAGAGGACCCUCUCAAGUUGGAGACAGGCUGCUGCUAAGGGCCAUAGUUAAUAAUGCCUUUAAAAACAGCAUGGAGGUGGGGGUCCGGGCUGAGGCCUACCAGGAAGAGGGGUCUAACCGUCACAUAAACUCUGCCUUCAUGACCUUUGAGGUGCUUCACAAUCAUGGGAAGCCGUGCACAUUGCCACGGAUACGACCUGAACCCCUGGAAGGAGAGAGGAGGUUUCAAGAAGCCAUAGCCAGGAAGAAGAUCAGACUGGACAGGAAGUACAUUAUUUCAUGCAAGCAGAGUGACAUUCCUCUCUCUGUACCCUGGGACCCCACAAACCAGGUAUACCUGAGUUAUAACAAUGUGUCAGCCCUGAAGCUGUUGGCUGCUAGGAACAGUUGGCGCCUCAGCUCUGAGAAAGACAAGGUGCGUCUGUACACUCUUGAGCAGAAAGCGAUGCUGAGCUUCCGGGUGGAGGCAGAGGUACACGUUCCUGCCCAGAGAGCCUUCGGCCUGUUGGCAGAACUAAGCCACCGACCAAGCUGGGACAAACACUAUCAGAAGUGUGAGCUGAUUCACCAAGUGGACGACGAUGACUUCCUGUAUCGUGUGGUGACCCCGUCAGUGCAUCGUGGUGCUGUCGGUUCCCCAAAGUCAGCCGGUCCAGGUGAAGGAGUUCUUCAGGAUUUCAUCCUGUUGGCUUCCAAGAGGAAGCCGUGCAGCAGCGGAGAUCCAUAUGUUAUCGCUCUGCGCUCAGUGACUCUGCCCACUCACCCCCCCACUGAAGAGUAUAACAGAGGAGAGGUGCUGUGUGCUGGAUUUACUAUACUGGAGGUCAAAAAUAACGUAUCACUGAUCAGUUACUAUAACCAGGCAUCUCCUGAGGUCCUUCCCUACAUUUCCACAGAUAUUGCUGGCCUCUCCUCCUCUUUCUACCACACCUUCUGCUCCUGUAGCCAGUACCUAACUGAAAACAGGCUGCCCCCCUAUUCUGAGGAGCGAGUCGGCCAUGACCAGGCCACGAGUGCCGACGGUCCCGCAGGUCAGACUUAAGCUGAGGCUCUGUCAGCAGCUCUCUGCAGCACCCAGAUGUAGGACCCUUUACAUCACAGAGACCAGAGGCCUAUUUAUACUGUAUAUGCAUAUAAGCAUACAUGCAUAUAUGCAUGUAUUAUUCACCACAGUGAAUAAUACAUAUACUGCAUAUACAGUAUAGAUUUAUAAAACAAAACAUGAGAAAAAUCUAAAGCUAAGAUACAAAAUGCCUAAAUAAAACUGUAAUUUUUGACAUUUUACACCAUCUUUAGGUCUCACACUAGGGUGGUAGUUUGUGUAAGUGCAUGUGUAAAUUGUGGGGUUUGUUUAGAGAAACACAAUUAGUUACAGCAAGUUGUGAGGGACUUUUUCUGAAAACAAUACAAUACAACACAAAACUUUUUUCACAGGAAUUUUAAUAAAAUCUUUUUCAAAGUCCA